AUGAUGAAUGCUGACUCAUCAAGUACAGUUUAUCUAGGGGCAUAUGACGAAGAAGAAGCAGCAGCACGUGCCUACGACUUAGCGGCAUUAAAGUACUGGGGACGAGACACACUCUUGAACUUCCCUCUGCCUGCUUAUGAAGAAGACGUGAAAGAAAUGGAAGGCCAUUCCAGGGAAGAAUACAUCGGAUCUUUGAGAAGAAAAAGCAGUGGGUUUUCUCGUGGUGUCUCAAAAUACAGAGGCGUUGCAAGGCAUCACCAUAAUGGGAGAUGGGAAGCUCGAAUUGGAAGGGUGUUUGGUAAUAAAUAUCUAUACCUUGGAACAUACGCUACUCAAGAAGAAGCAGCCAGAGCAUAUGACAUCGCGGCGAUAGAGUACCGUGGACUUAACGCCGUUACAAACUUCGACGUCAGCCGUUAUCUCAAUCUACCGGCACCGGAAAACCCCACCGUCGCCACAAAUCAUCUCCCGGAUGAAUCCGACUCCGAUUCUAAGCUCAUUCGAAAGUCAAGAGAUGAUCAAACUUCGUCAGACGGUAACGAAUCUCCGAUAUCAGAGGAGGCAAUCGAACCAUCUACGCCGCCGGAAGGUAUCCCAUCUCGCCGGAGUUUUCCCGACGAUAUCCAGACGUAUUUUGGGUGUCAAGACUCCAACAAGUUAGCAACAGAGGAAGACGUUUUGUUCGGUGGUUUUAAUGCUUUUGUAAAUCCUGGUUUCUAUAACGAGUUUGAUUAUAGGCCUUGA